AUGUCUGCGGAAAAGAGGCCGGUUCAAGCUUCGUUUGGCUCAACGCAGCUGGUCAAACGACCACGCUCGGAUGCGGACCUGAGAAAUCAAAACUCCCUUGCUAUCUCAAAUAGUACAACGCAGCAUGGAGCGUUGAUGAAAGCUGCCAUACCGGGGAAGUUUUCGCGACGAGGUUUGAUCCAACGGGCCAACAAAUUGCUUCCAGUGGAAUGGAUAGGUCGAUAUGUGAGACGCCCAGCCAUCGAUGUACAAGGACAUUUUGGCGUUGGGCAAAAACUGAUUUGUCUCUUACUAUUAGUAUUAUGGAGAACUUACGGCCAAUGCGAAAACUAUGGCGUCAUGACUGGACACAAAGGCGCCGUUCUAGAUUUACAAUGGUCUCGCGAUUCGCGCAUUAUCUUUUCCGCAUCAGCAGACAUGACACUUGCUAGCUGGGAUCUUGAGUCCGGGCAAAGAAUACGCCGACAUGUUGGACACGAGGAAAUCGUCAACUGCGUUGAUCUCAGCAAACGAGGACAAGAUCUCUUAAUUAGUGGCAGCGAUGAUGGAUGUAUUGGAAUCUGGGAUCCCCGACAAAAGGAUGCGGUAGAUUUCUUUGAGACGGAGAUGCCCAUUACCGCGAUCGCAUUAGCUGAAGCCGGAAAUGAAAUUUACAGUGGGGGAAUUGACAACGAUAUCCACGUAUGGGAUGUUCGAAAACGAUCAGUUGUAUACUCCAUGAUUGGGCAUGCGGACACAGUGACAUCUUUACAGAUCUCACCGGACUCCCAAACACUGCUGUCAAACUCGCAUGAUUCUACUGUACGGACGUGGGACAUUAGGCCCUUCGCACCAGCCGACCGACAUAUCAAGACCUACGACGGCGCACCGACGGGUCUAGAAAAGAAUCUUAUUAGAUCCAGCUGGUCACCCAAUGGAGAAAGGAUCGCUGCUGGAAGCGGAGACAGAAGCGUGGUUAUUUGGGAUACUCAAUCGGCUAAAAUCCUAUAUAAACUUCCUGGGCACAAGGGAACCGUCAACGACGUGCGAUUUGCACCGAAUGACGAACCGAUCAUCGUCUCAGGGUCGUCAGAUCGCUGUUUGUUCCUGGGAGAAAUUGGGAAAUAA